AUGGAGGUUGUUGGAAAGAUCGUGGACUUCGCCAUUGACUACCUUAAAGAUGCUGCAGCAGAACAAGAAGCCAAAGCGCGUCAGGAUCAGAUCAUGACCGCAUUGGACAACAUCCAAUUGACGCUCAACUCACUCCAAGACGAGCAGCAACAGUCAACCAACAUUGCGAUGAUUGGGGGCAGUUUCACCAACAUCGAGACCUGGCAGACACGGUAUGCCACUGCACUCAAGUUUAACAACACUAACGAGAUCAAUACCUUGAUCAAUGAGUUCAAUGAAAAUGCGCCGACCUAUCUUACCAACAUUUUCAAUGUUCUGAAUGGACAAGGUCUUGGUCCAGGCACGGUUCCUUUACUUAAAUCGUGGCAUGCGGCCAGUUACGCAAAGAUGUACACGCCAGUCGAUGGCCAGUACACUUUCACUAUGAAUAACUACCUCGAUGACUACAAUAAAAUCGUUUCAUGGGGUGUCAGCAUGGCUGGCUAUGCCUUCAUAUGUCAGAUCAUUGCACUACGAGUACUCGCUGCGCCUACUAUGUCAGCCAGUGAUCUCCAGGGAGAAGCUGACCAGUAUACAUCCGACUUCAAGGCAAACGCAGCUGCCGUCGCUAGCGUGGCAUAUGACCAGUUCCCAUCCUUUGUAAAGAAGUUCAAGCCAAACUAUACAGAUGUGGGCUCAAAUCUCAACCAAUGGUUCAGAAUGUGGCAGCCAGGCCAGCAUAUUAAGAACUACGUUGGAUGGAUGGAAGAUGGUCGCUGGGUUCCGGACAACCAAAAUUACGGAGUAUUCAAGAAUGACACAAACGCAAUGUACCAGAUCUAUCCAUUAGACUGCGACGAUGACGAAGGCAUCUACCCAGCUGUUGAGUUCCGUUUCGACGAAGCGAGCCAUCCGCUAAAUGGUCUUGCAACGGUCAUUUCCCGUGUCGAUGGAGCGACUGUUUCCUUCUACAACUGGGAGGGACACAGUGAUGAUGGUAUUCCUGCUGGUAUUAACUCUGCGGGGCUCACCACGACUACAGAUCCCCAGUACUGGUGUGACCGUGUCACCUUUACUCAGGCACUCUUCAAUAUUCUGCCAGUCAGUGCUGAGGACAUGAAAAACAACCCGGCACCGGGCUUUGUUCUCAUGCUGGCAAAUGAUCCACCCCACCGUGACGGUGGAAUAUUUGAUUGGGUCCCCGGUACGGCUUCUCCCCUUAGUUACUGGAUUCUGCGCGAUGACGGAUUGGAUCAAACAUCAUGGGUCCAAACACAGAACAGUGCCUCUACGGCACCUGGAGAUGAUUCAAGGGCCCCUUCACCAAACCCAUCAGAAUAG